AUGACAGGGUGCCAAAGGCAUCGCUUGUCAGAUGAUGACGGGAUGCCGAAGGCAUCGCUCUCGUCUAAUGAUGACAGGGUGCCGAAGGCAUCGCUAUGUCAAAUGAUGACGGGAUGCCGAAGGCAUCGCUCUCGUUGGAUGAUGGCAGGGUGCCGAAGGCAUCUCUCUUGUCAAAUGAUGACAGGGUGCCGAAGGCAACGCUUGUCAGAUGAUGACGGGAUGCCGAAGGCAUCGCUCUCGUCGGAUGAUGAUAGGGUGCCGAAGGAGUCGCUCUCGUCGGAUGAUGACAGGGUGCCGAAGGCGUUGAUGGGGUGCCGAAGGCGUCGCUCGCGUCAGAUGAUAGCAGGGUGCCGAAGGCGUUGUUUUUGUCUAAUGAUGGAGGGGUGCGAAGGCAUCUCUCACGCCUAA